AUGUAUGCUGUGACUGGUAGUGAUGAGGAUGACUGUUACCGGUGUUUCCCGCUCGACCCGGGCAUUGAUACUGCCGCGUCAGGUACUAGUGAGGCUGCUGCUCUAGGUGCCAGUGCGUCUGUGCUUUCAGGUACUGGUGAGUCCGCCCUCUCAGGUACUGUGUCGGCUUCGGCCUCUCACACCUUCACCCUUGACUCUGGAGCGUCUCGCUCCUUCUUUAGGGACCGCACCACUCUCACGCCGCUGAGUCGGCCUGUUGCGGUGUCCCUGGCGGACCCCUCUGGGGGGCCUGUCCUGUCUCGCUUCUCCACUGUCCUCCCGUGUCCGGCGGCCCCCUCUGGCACCCUGACUGGUCUCUACCUCCCCUCGUUCUCGACGAACUUGGUGAGUGGUGCUGACCUCCAGGAUGCAGGUGUCCACCAGUUCACCCCUGCUCGUCAGCGGGUGACCCACUGUACGGAGGCGGAUACAGGUCGCCACCUGGCUACGUUUACACGUCGGCCGGGGUCGAGCCUGUACACACUGACCACUGCUUCUCCUCCAGGUACUGCGUCUGGUAGGGCCCCUUCGUCUGGUCAGGUGUUUGCUGCAGCGUCCAGGUCUGGUCCUGAGUCUGCCCCUUGUUCGUGUCGUCGUCUGUCUCACGAGACCCUCCUCUGGCACCACCGCCUUGGCCACCCCUCUCUGCUUCGGCUCAGAGGCAUGGCCUCGCGGGUCCUUGUGUCUGGUCUUCCCCGGUCCCUCCCUCCCCUUCCUCCGGGCCCUGGCCCUGCCUGUGUCCCCUGUGUCGAGGGGCGCCAGCGUGCUGCCCCUCACUCCUCCCAGUUUCCUCCGACAGAGGCCCCGUUGCAGACGCUUCACAUGGACGUGUGGGGCCCAGCCCGCGUCCGUGGACAGGGUCAGGAGCGCUACUUCCUGCUGGUGGUUGACGACUACUCGCGUUACACCACAGUCUUCCCCUUGCACAGCAAGGGUGAGGUCACUCAGGUGUUGAUCGACUGGAUCCGCGCAGCUCGUCUUCAGCUUCGGAGAAGCUUUGGCUCUGACGUCCCUGUCUUGCGUCUGCACUCGGACAGAGGCGGAGAGUUCUCCUCUGCCCUCCUGAGUGCCUACUGUCGUGUGCGAGGCAUCCGUCAGACCUUCACGCUUCCGGACUCACCACAGCAGAAUGGGAUCGCUGAGCGCCGCAUUGGCAUGGUCAUGGACGUCGCUCGUACGUCCAUGAUGCAUGCGGCUGCUCCCCAUUUUCUGUGGCCGUUUGCGGUCAGGUACGCUGCGCACCAGAUCAACCUCCACCCCAGGGUCUCUCGACCGGAGACCUCCCCAGCGCUGCUGUGGACGGGGAAGGUUGGCGAUGCGUCGGCGUUCCGGGUCUGGGGAUCUCGGGCGUUUGUUCGCGACCUGUCUGCGGACAAGCUGUCCCCUCGUGCUUCUCCCUGCGUCUUCCUGGGGUUCCCCCCCGACGCCCCUGGGUGGCAGUUUUACCACCCCACCUCUCGACGUGUUCUGUCCUCCCAGGACGUCACGUUCGACGAGUCGGUACCCUACUACCGCCUCUUCCCCUACCGCACUCCGUCCCUCCCCCCACCCCCGCUCUUCUUGGUACCAGGUCCCCCCCCAGUAGUCCCCCUUCCCCCUCAGGGUCCUGCCCCUUCAGGUGUGUCUCAGGUAGACGCGGUCGAGCCUGUCGAGGUCACUGGUGACUCUGGUGCUGCUGCGGGAGCUGAGCCUGGGGGUGCGGAGUCUAGGGGUGCUGAGCCUGGGGGUGCUGAGCCUGGGGGUGCGGAGUCUGGGGGUGCUGGGCCUGGGGGUGCUGAGCCUGGGGGUGCUGAGCCUUGGGGUGCUGUACCUGGGGGUGCUGUGUCUGGGGGUACUGAGCCUGGGGGUGCUGAGCCUGGGGGUGCUGAGCCUGGAGGUGCCGAGCCUGGAGGUGCUGUGCCUGGGGGUGCUUCGUCUCGCCGGGAGCCGCUCUCUCCACAGGAGCUGCGUGAGUGGUUUGCCCGGCGCUGGAGGCGUGCCGCUGGUGCUGGUGGUUCUUCGGCUGCGGAGGGCGCUGCUGCCACGCGACCUGGCGGUGCUCGUCCUGUGGGUGCUGGAGCUGCUGGGUCUGAGGGUUCUCCUGGAGCUGGUCCUGCUGAGGACGUUGGCGCUGAGCCUGCGGUUGGUGGUCCGACUGACGGUGCUCCUGGUGCUGCUGCUGGAGGUUCUGGAGCUUCUGGUGGUUUUGCUGGAGGUGCUGCUGGACUGGGUACUCCGGCCGGAGCUGCUGGUUCUGUUCCUGCUGUUUCUGGCGUCGCCGCGCGGUCUCGACCGUACUUCGUUCCGCUCCUGGAGCAGGUUCUUGGUCUUGCUCCUCCUCCUCCUCCCUUAGAGGGUCCGCAGCCUGUCUGGUCACAGCCACAGCUAGAGCCUGCCUCCCCUUUGCCUGCUCCUUCUCCCUACGCUGGUCCGACUGGAGGCCUUACUGAGCGUCGUGAGCCUGCGUCUCGUCCUGCGUCGCCUGUUCGUACUGAGCGCGCUAGUGGUCGCGGGUCGCGUCAGCGUCCUCCUCCUGUCCCUGGCACGCACCGGAUGUCACUGCGUCCGUCCACUGCUCCUCUGCGUGCCCCUUUGCCUUCUCCUCCUGCUUCCUCUCUUCCUGCUCUUGCCGACCCGGAGUCGGACUCUCUUCGUGCUGCCAGUCCUACUGUCACGCGUCUCCUUGCUACUGCUGUCACUGACCCUUCCUUCGAGUCGUCUGCUGCGUCUGCCCUUGUCACUGAGCUUGUCGACUUUGCUGCGCGCUGUCGUCUAGACUACGCUGCUCGUCUUGUCGCUGAGUCUGAGUCCGCCUGUCCUCCGUCCGUCGGGGGUGAGUGUGCCCUUGGCACGGACGUCCUAGAGGACAGGCAGGAGGAGUUCCAGUGUCUAGCCGCUGCUUCACCUCGUCUCGCGUCUGUACUGCUAGCCCCUGAGGGAGACCCGGAUGCACUAGACAUCCCGACUCCGCGUUCUUACGCGGAGGCCGUAGAGGGUCCCUACUCCUCUCAGUGGCAGGCAGCUAUGGAUGCAGAGAUGGCUUCCUGGAAGUCCACAGGCACCUACGUUGACGCGGUUCCCCCUCCUGGGGCGAACAUCGUCAGUGGCAUGUGGAUCUUCAGGGUGAAGCGGCCGCCGGGCUCGCCGCCUGUCUUCAAGGCGCGUUACGUGGCUCGUGGCUUCAGUCAGCGGCAGGGAGUUGACUACUUUCAGACCUUCUCUCCCACCCCGAAGAUGACCACUCUUCGGGUGCUGCUGCACAUUGCCGCUCAGCGCGACUACGAGCUUCACUCUCUCGACUUCAGCACUGCGUUCCUGCAGGGUAGCCUGCACGAGGAGAUCUGGCUGCGCCGUCCGCCUGGCUUCACUGGGACUUUCCCUCCUGGCACCCAGUGGAGCCUCCGACGGCCAGUCUACGGUCUCCGCCAGGCACCGCGUGAGUGGCACGACACACUGAGGACUACGCUUGCGGCUCUUGGGUUUGCUCCUUCUACUGCUGACCCGUCGCUGUUUCUUCGCACCGACACUUCCCUGCCGCCGUUCUACAUCCUCGUGUACGUCGACGACUUGGUCUUUGCCACAGCGGACACUGCUGGACUCGCCUACGUGAAGUCCGAGCUGCUGAAGAGACACACGUGCACAGACCUGGGUGAACUGCGCAGCUACCUUGGCUUGCAGAUCACUCGGGACAGAGCACGCCGCACCAUUACCCUGACUCAGUCACACAUGGUGCAGCAGGUCCUUCAGCGCUUCGGCUUCACGUACUCCUCGCCUCAGGCCACUCCUCUGCCUACUCGCCACUCACUCUCAGCUCUGCCUUCGGAUGAGUCCGUAGAGUCGAGUGGUCCGUAUGCAGAGCUUGUUGGCUGCCUCAUGUACCUGAUGACCUGCACACGACCUGACCUUGCAUACCCUCUGAGCAUCCUUGCACGCUAUGUUGCUCCUGGGAGACACCGACCAGAGCACAUGGCUGCAGCGAAGAGGGUAUUGCGCUACCUGUGCAGUACGUCGGGCAUGGGGCUAGUGCUUGGAGGGCGGAGUCCAGUGGUCCUUACUGGGCACGCAGACGCUUCUUGGGCUGACGACCAGGCUACGCAGCGGUCGUCACAGGGUUACACCUUCAGCCUUGGUUCCGGCUCUGUCUCGUGGCGGUCUACUCGCUCGUCUUCGGUUCUCGGCUCCAGCUGUGAGGCUGAGAUCUACGCCGGGGCCAUGGCUGCACAGGAGCUUCGCUGGCUCACCUACCUGCUGACUGACCUUGGAGAGCUGCCUCGUUCUCCUCCAGUGCUGUACGUAGACAACAAGGCCAUGUUGGCCUUGUGUCGAGAGCAGCGCUUGGAGCACAGAACGAAGCACAUUGCUCUCCGCUACUUCCUUGCUCGUGAGCUGCAGCAGCGUGGUCAGUUGCAACUUGCUUACAUUAUUAUAGCUGAUGCAUGUUUGUAG